UUGCUAUUUUGUCGGUUGGUGGGUAAAAUUUUGCUCGGAGAGUUGGCCUGGGGAACGGGUCAAACGCGGGCUCAGUUGAAAGCCAUGACUCGUAUUAAGCGGCUGUGUUCGGGGUGGGACAUGGAAGUGUUUGGGGACAACAAAAAUGGUACUUUUGGGUGUUUUAAUAGCAGCCCGUACUGAUUAUAUCUUUCUCCCUUGUGUUCCUUUUAUCCCAGGUUUGAAUUUUCUCGGAGAAAGACAGACCGGCCACCAGGAAAAAAGAAACAAGCCGCAGCAACAUCUAAGCCCUUGAAAGGAUCCAGAGAGAGGGGGGAAAGGGAAAAGAGCAGCCACCAGCCCAACCACUUGUGUCUUCUGCCCCUUCCCACCUAUCUUGCCCACCCCACCAGCCCACGCUGCCUGGGACUUGAAAUCUGUGGCCGAAGGACCGUCACCACAUAACUUCAAAAAUAAUCAACCACCCACCCUUCCCAAACUCACCCAAGUCCACUCAUCCAGCGUUUACUUUUUUUAAUCCACUCAGAACUUUUUUUCUACGACCCCCCUCCCUAAAUGGAGUUGGGUGGGGGGGGAAUGAAUACUGAGUUGGCCUUUAUUUUUUCUAAAGAGAUUUUUUGAUCCAAUGAGGCCCCCCAAAUAAUUGAGUUUUGGGUCCUGGUUGGUUGUUUUAUUUUUUUCUCCAAAAUUUUAAUCCCCUCCCCCCCUGAGCCCGAGGUGCUGACGUCGCAAAAAAAUUGGAUAAAAACCUUGAUCAUGGGUUCAGGUCCCAUAGACCCCAAAGAGCUUCUCAAGGGCCUGGAUAGUUUCCUUAACCGAGAUGGGGAAGUCAAGAGUGUGGAUGGCAUUUCGAAAAUCUUCAGCCUGAUGAAGGAGGCACGAAAGAUGGUGAGUCGGUGCACAUACUUGAACAUUCUCCUGCAGACCCGUUCACCGGAAGUACUGAUCAAGUUUAUUGACGUCGGUGGUUACAAGCUUCUUAACAAUUGGCUGACGUAUUCGAAGACGACGAACAACAUUCCCCUCUUACAGCAAAUUCUGCUGACCCUGCAGCACCUGCCCCUCACUGUUGACCAUCUCAAGCAGAACAACACAGCCAAACUGGUGAAGCAGCUGAGCAAGUCGAGUGACGAUGAAGAACUCCGGAAAUUGGCCUCAGUCCUUGUCAGCGACUGGAUGGCGGUCAUCCGCUCCCAGAGCAGUACCCAGCCUACUGAGAAAGAUAAGAAGAAACGGAAAGAAGAGGGAAAGAGUCGAACCACCCCUCCUGAGCGACCGGUGACUGAGGUGAAGGCUGAGACUCGGGCUGAGGAGGCCCCGGAAAAGAAGAGGGAGAAGCCCAAGUCUCUCCGCACCACAGCGCCCAGUCACGCCAAGUUCCGCUCCACCGGACUAGAGCUGGAGACCCCGUCUCUGGUGCCCGUGAAGAAGAAUGCCAGUGCAGUGGUGGUUUCUGACAAGUACAACCUUAAACCCAUCCCCCUCAAGCGUCAGAGUUCUGCAGCUGCCCCAGGAGAUGCUGCCCCGCCGGCAGAGAAGAAAUACAAACCACUAAACACGACACCCAACGCCACCAAAGAGAUCAAAGUGAAGAUCAUCCCACCACAACCUAUGGAGGGCCUGGGCUUUCUGGAUGCACUCAAUUCAGCUCCUGUCCCAGGCAUCAAAAUUAAGAAGAAGAAGAAGGUGCUGUCACCCACAGCUGCCAAGCCAAGCCCAUUUGAAGGAAAAACAAGCACAGAACCAAGUGUGGCCAAACCUUCUUCCCCAGAGCCAGCACCUCCUGAGACUAUGGACACAGAACGUCCCGGGACCCCAGUUCCCCCUGUUGAAGUCCCAGAGCUCAUGGAUACUGCCUCUUUGGAGCCAGGAGCUUUGGAUGUGAAGCCAGUGGAGAGUCCCAGUGAUCCUAGCCAGCUGACCCGGAAAGGCAGGAAGAGGAAAACUGUGACGUGGCCGGAGGAGGGCAAGCUGAGAGAGUAUUUCUAUUUUGAACUGGAUGAAACUGAGCGAGUAAACGUGAAUAAGAUCAAGGACUUUGGCGAAGCAGCUAAGCGAGAGAUCCUGUCAGACCGACACGCAUUUGAGACUGCCCGGCGUCUGAGCCAUGACAACAUGGAGGAGAAGGUGCCCUGGGUGUGCCCCCGGCCCCUGGUGCUGCCCUCGCCCCUCGUCACCCCUGGAAGCAACAGCCAGGAGCGGUACAUCCAGGCUGAGCGGGAGAAGGGGAUCCUUCAGGAGCUCUUCCUGAACAAGGAAAGCCCUCAUGAGCCGGAUCCUGAGCCCUAUGAGCCUAUCCCCCCAAAGCUCAUCCCCCUAGAUGAGGAAUGUUCCAUGGAUGAGACCCCAUAUGUUGAGACCCUGGAACCUGGGGGAGCCGGUGGGUCACCUGAUGGAGCAGGUGGUUCCAAGUUGCCUCCGGUUCUGGCUAAUCUUAUGGGGAGCAUGGGUGCCGGGAAGAGCCCGCAGGGUCCUGGAGGAGGGGGCAUCAACGUGCAGGAGAUCCUCACCUCCAUCAUGGGUAGCCCCAACAGUCACCCCUCAGAAGAACUGCUGAAGCAAGCAGACUAUUCAGACAAGAUCAAGCAGAUGCUGGUGCCACAUGGACUCUUAGGCCCUGGUCCGAUAGCCAAUGGUUUCCCACCCGGAGGCCCUGGGGGCCCCAAGGGCAUGCAGCACUUCCCCCCUGGACCUGGGGGGCCUAUGCCAGGUCCCCAUGGAGGCCCUGGGGGCCCUGGUGGGCCGGUGGGUCCACGUCUCCUGGGUCCCCCACCCCCUCCCCGGGGGGGUGACCCCUUCUGGGAUGGCCCGGGUGACCCUAUGCGGGGUGGCCCGAUGCGGGGCGGGCCAGGACCUGGCCCUGGGCCAUACCAUAGAGGCCGCGGUGGCCGAGGAGGAAAUGAACCUCCCCCUCCUCCUCCUCCAUUCCGGGGGGCCAGAGGAGGUCGCUCUGGAGGUGGACCCCCAAACGGACGAGGGGGCCCUGGUGGGGGCAUGGUUGGCGGCGGUGGACAUCGUCCCCACGAAGGCCCUGGUGGCGGCAUGAACAGUGGCAGCGGACAUCGUCCCCAUGAAGGCCCUGGCAGUGGCAUGGGUGGUGGGCAUCGCCCCCACGAAGGCCCUGGUGGUAGCAUGGGUGGGGGGCACCGCCCCCACGAAGGCCCCGGCGGUGGCAUGGGUGGAGGCAGUGGACAUCGCCCCCAUGAAGGCCCUGGUGGAGGAAUGGGUGCUGGUGGUGGCCAUCGGCCCCAUGAAGGCCCUGGACACGGGGGGCCCCAUGGCCACCGGCCUCAUGAUGUCCCUGGUCACCGAGGCCACGACCACCGAGGGCCACCCCCUCACGAGCACCGUGGCCAUGAUGGCCCUGGCCAUGGAGGAGGGGGCCACCGAGGGCAUGAUGGCGGCCACAGCCACGGAGGAGACAUGUCGAACCGCCCCGUGUGUCGGCAUUUCAUGAUGAAGGGUAACUGCCGCUACGAGAACAACUGUGCCUUCUACCACCCGGGCGUCAACGGGCCGCCCCUGCCCUAGGCCCCCGCCCACCCCGCCCUGUGGACUGCAGCCUUGCUCCUUCCACUUUCUUAUGGCUUCUGUGAGGCCCAUUUCCCCUUCCCCCAGCUGAUGAGGAGCCGGCCCCUCAGUGCCCACACGCCUGGGUUCUGGGGGUUUUCUGAUCACUGGUGCGCAUCAAUGUACAUAUUUUCCUCCAGUCUGGGGAGGAGAGAGACUGGACACAUUCUGUACCCUGGACUGCUGAAGAGGAGACCCAGUUGGCUUCACUCUUUGAGGAGUUUUGCCCUGUAUCCCGAGCCCCUUUCCGGUAUUGCCCUUCACGCCUGAGAACCUAGAGCUGGUUAUCUUGGAGAACACCUCUGCUCUCCUGCUGUGGGUCUUCCACAUGCACACGGAACUCGGACGUGGGAUCAGCUGCACUUAUGAAAUCCUCCCAGCCACGUUCAUUUCCCCAUGGGUGGGGAUGUAAAGGGGUACUGUGUACCCCACUGCACUGAGAGGGCUCAAUCAGGCUGGAUUUGAGUUCUGGAACACAUCGUCCCCACCCCUCCCCGAACACAGGCUUUUUACAUUGAGUCCUUUCUCAAGUGAGACUUCUGAAAUCUUCGAGGACACUCAAGUUUUGCGCCUUGAGUGUGCUAGGUUCAAUGAUGGCAAAUCACAUCUGCAGCCCGUGAAAGUUGUAGCUGGCAGAGGUGAGGCCAUGGUGGUGGUCCACCCUUGCCUACAGCUCUUUCUGGAAACUGUAAAACAGUGAGACCAGCUUUUCAUCAACUGAAGCCUGGCGUGCUGGGCCUGACAGUCACACUACAUGCACUGCCUCUGGGAGUGAGCGCGCUCCUGGUCCCCACCUGGAACCUCGUAGGUGUGAGGCCUCCAGCUCCCUUGCCCUGUCAGCCACCUCUGAAUCCCCACCAGGUGCCUUCCUGGGUGGAUUCGAUAAGAUGACCUGCCCUCUCCCAGUCCUCUCCUUCACCCGUCUCGGCAUCAGUUGUUUUCUAUGAAAACAGUGGAUUGGUUAGGUUUUGUGCAGGGUCUUGGGUUAGAGCCACAAUGGAUUUGAGGAUGAGUAUUUUCUUUUUCUUUUGGUUUUGUAUAUUUUGUACAUUAAUAAUAAACAGUGGAAAGAGAAGUAUUUAA